AUGGAGACUGACGCCCCAGCCCGGCCUCGCCUCCCGGACUCGCCACGACCCCUGGUACGGCCCGGCCCGGCCCGGCCCGCAAAAGAUGUUCAUCGGGGACUCAGUUGGCAGACUACGCAGGAAGGGCUGCGUGAAUACUUCGGCCAGUUCGGGGAGGUGAAGGAGUGUCUGGUGAUGCGGGACCCUCUGACCAAGAGAUCCAGGGGUUUCGGCUUCGUCACUUUCAUGGACCAGGCGGGGGUGGAUAAGGUGCUGGCGCAAUCGCGGCACGAGCUCGACUCCAAAACAAUUGAUCCCAAGGUGGCCUUUCCUCGGCGAGCACAGCCUAAGAUGGUGACUCGAACGAAGAAGAUCUUUGUGGGGGGGCUAUCAGUGAACACCACGGUGGAAGAUGUGAAGCAGUAUUUUGAGCAGUUCGGGAAGGUGGACGAUGCCAUGUUGAUGUUUGACAAAACCACCAACCGGCACCGAGGGUUCGGGUUUGUCACAUUUGAGAGUGAGGACAUCGUGGAGAAAGUGUGUGAGAUCCACUUCCAUGAAAUCAACAACAAAAUGGUGGAAUGUAAGAAAGCUCAGCCAAAAGAGGUGAUGUCGCCGACCGGCUCAGCCCGGGGGAGGUCCCGAGUCAUGCCCUAUGGAAUGGACGCCUUCAUGCUGGGCAUCGGCAUGCUGGGUUACCCUGGUUUCCAAGCCACCACCUACGCCAGCCGGAGUUAUACAGGCCUCGCCCCUGGCUACACCUACCAGUUCCCCGAAUUCCGUGUAGAGCGGACCCCUCUCCCGAGCGCCCCAGUCCUCCCCGAGCUUACAGCCAUUCCUCUCACUGCUUACGGACCAAUGGCAGCAGCGGCGGCGGCAGCAGCUGUGGUUCGAGGGACAGGCUCUCACCCCUGGACGAUGGCUCCCCCUCCAGGUUCAACUCCCAGCCGCACGGGGGGCUUCCUGGGGACCACAAGCCCUGGCCCCAUGGCCGAGCUCUAUGGGGCAGCCAACCAGGACUCGGGGGUCAGCAGUUACAUCAGCGCUGCCAGCCCCGCCCCCAGCACCGGCUUCGGCCACAGUCUUGGGGGCCCUUUGAUUGCCACAGCUUUCACCAAUGGGUACCACUGA